AUGGGGAAGAUUCGGCAGAUGAUCCGGGCUGGAAUGGAACCCGUGUCGCUGGGGCAGCAGUCCAGUGCCCAGCCUGGCCGGGUGACUACAAUAAGUGGGGGCUGUAAUAAUAAAAUGGGACUCUUACAAGGCAUGCACCUGAACACACCUGAAGAUGAUAAUCGAAUGCAGAAGUCUCUAGAGAAAGCUGAGUCAGAGCUGGACAGCCAGGAGCUGCUGGGUGACCCGGACAGCGUGCCGCCGUUCCCGGUCUUCCUGCCCGCGGGCUUCCAGGUGAGCGAGGUGGCGGACUUCCUGUUCCUGAAGGAGGCGGGGCAGGACAUCAUGCGCAACUCCAGCAUGCGCAGCAGCACGCAGGCGCUGCUGGUGGGCCGGGCCGGCCGCCUGCCCCUCCUCAACGUCACCUACGGCCCGCUGUGGGCCCAGCGCCCGCUCACGCCCGACCUGCUGGGCCAGCCGGUGCCGCUGUUCCGGCCCUCGCCGGACACCUCCUCCGUGGGCUGGCGGGUGCGCUGGCACGUGCUGAGCCGCCGCGUCUCCUCCCUCGCGCCCCGCCUGCGGGUCCUCUUCUACGUGGCGGGCCGCGGCUGGGAGCGCGGCGAGCGUCAGACGGCGGGGACAGGGGCAGUGGACCGGCUGCCCUGCGUCACCGUCUUCGCCUUCUUCCAGACGCAGGAGGUGCGGGCGUCCUGCCAGCUGACCCCGCGCCGCGGCACCUGCCUGGCCUCGCUGGACCCGCCGGCGCGCUGGUUCAACCCGGCCGAGGCCAGCAGCUCCAGCCGGGAGAGGCUGAGCAUGGAGGCCCCGCCCCCGGCGGCGGCGGCGCGCGGGAACACCGUGGAGCUCUACUACCAGGCCCGGCCCAGAGGUGUUGGGGGUGGAGGUGGUGGUGGUGGGGGCAGGUGGAGGGAGCGGGAGAGGGUGCAGCUGCGGGCGGAGUACGUGCCCGUGACGCCCAUGACGCGGAUCGGCAGCGUGCGGCUGCUGCAGGAGGCGCAGGGGAGCGCGGCCCCCGUCACGCAGCUGCGGCUGGGGGGGGAGGCCAUCGUCAUCCAGACCUCCUCCAAGCCCCUCAAGCAGACGGACAUCGCCACCUUCUACGUGCUCAUACGCAGCACCUCGCUGCUGGACACCUUCACACUCAGAGCUACUUUGAAGAAAGGUGUGUCGUUCCGCACGGCCAGACCCAGCAACACGUUGCUAUGGGACACCACCAUGGACACCAGUGCAGAUGGCACCAUCGCCGUCAUCUGCCAGCAGCGCUCAGGACAGGCACGGAAGAGGCCCGGCGGUAAGCUGCUGGAGAUCCUGCAGAUGGACCUGGAGGUGGAGGAGCUGCUGAGCACGCAGGCCGAGAGCCAGCUCAUCACCUGGCAACUGGUGCUUCCGGCCGACGCGCGGCCCGCCGGCCUCAUGGAGGGCACCAUGUGCAUCUACACCACCCAGAGGGACUUCAUCGGCCUGGCACCACUCGUACAGGACACGGAGAUCCUGAACACGGCCAUGCUGACGGGGAAGAGGGUGGCGGUGCCGGUGCGGACGGUGGCCGUGGAGGCAGACGGCUCCGUGACUGACGUCUCUGACUUCACCGACUGCAGCUCCACCGAUGAAGAUGUCCUCAAGGUGUCGGAUCGUUGUGACUACGUGUACGUGAACGGCAAGGAGCAGAGGGGCCGCGUGCGGAUGAUGGUCAACUUCACCUACAGCUACCUGAGCGCCCAGCUGGAGAUGAGCGUGUGGGUCCCGCGCCUGCCCCUGCAGAUCGAGCUGUCGGACAACGAGCUCAGCCAGAUCAAAGGCUGGAGGAUCCCCAUUCAACCCACAAAGAGGCUGGGCUGGAGCAGCGAUGAAGACGAGCGUAAGGGGAAAGGCUGCAUGCUCCAGUUCCAGCACGCUCUGGUGCGGGUCGUCACGCACUUCGUAGCCGAGCAGGCGGAGGCAGGACGCAGCCCCGGGGAUCCCUCCUCGUCGUCGUCCUCCUCCUCCGCCAUCUUCCUGGGCUCCGACUGGCAGGUGGACGUCACCAAGCUGGUGCGCUACUUCAUGAAGGUGGAGGACACGCGCGUGGCCCGGCUGCAGGCCGGACGCAUCCUGGCAGGGAAGGACAUGGGCACCACCAAAAUACAGGUCUUCUCCCCGCUGUCGGACUCCAUCCUGGCGGAGCGUACGGUGCGCGUGCUGGAGGACCGCGUGAGCAUCACAGAGUUGGGCCUGCAGCUGGUCAGCGGCCUCUCGCUCAGCCUGCAGCUCAGCCCAGGAAGCAACAGAGCCGUGCUGGCCACCGCCACCACCCAGGAGGAGCUGACCAGCCUCAAGCAGGAGGCUGUGUCGAGUGCCUGGCUCCAGUUUACUGACGGCUCGCUCACCCCUCUCGACUUCUAUGACCCCACGCACUACCGGCUGUCCGUCACCUCCCUGGACGAGGGCGUCGUGUCCGUCCAGGGCAAGCCGCCGGCGGUGACGGUGGUGGCGGAAGGCGAGGGACAGGGGGCGCUGGUGAGGAUCGAAAUGGGCAUCUGCGAGGCCUGCCACAAGUUCAAGAGGAAGACCGUGCUGGCCAUUGGGCUGGGGGUGCUCAAGGUGAAGUUUCAGACCACGGGGAACAGCAGAGGGGACGCCGGAGGAGGCAACGGGAACGGCACAAUGGGCACCGGCACAGGUCUGGGUGGAGGCGGCGGCGGGGUGGCUGUUCCAGGCAGGGACGGUGGAAGUGACUACGGUAACGACGGGGAGGAAGUCGCAGAGGCGGGUGGUGGUGGCGGCGGCGGCGGAGAGAAAAAGCAACCUGGUGGUGGUGGUGCCGCGGCGGCCCCUGUACCUGGAACGGAACAGGACAUUGCGGCAAGCUCACCGUCGGAGCGAGAGCGAGAGGAGAGCGCCAUGAGGAAACUCAGCACCACCACCAAGCCCACGGUCAUAAACCCUGACGCCGGAGGAGGAGUGUCCAGCAACUCCUCUAGAGGCGUGGGCAAAGCCUCAGGCAACCUGGUGAACUUCCCCAACCUGGGCGACGUACCCUACAACGACAACAAGAAAACCCCCGGCAGCACCAAUGAGGACGACAGCCUGAGCGCAGACAACCCUCUAGGCCUCCGCACCCUCACCGACCUGGAGAUCGGCAUGUACGCGCUGCUGGGGGUCUUCUGCCUGGCCAUCCUGGUCUUCAUGGUCAACUGCAGCAUGUACCUGGUCAAGUUCCGGCACAAGCAGCUGCCCGUGCAGAUCUCGGAGCCGGCCGGCCACCACCGGCACGACUGGGUGUGGCUGGGCACAGACGCCGAGCUGGUGAUGAGCGUGCCGGGCAGCCCCAUGCAGCAGAGCCAGCACCUCCUCCACCACCACCACGGCCAACAGGCCACCACGGUCAUCGACAUCGACCGCACGGACAGCCUCAGCCGCCGCGGACACGGACAGUGCCACCUGCAGGCCAUGGGCUCUCCCACCACCGUCACCACCACCACCACCAGCAACGUCCCCAGUGGAAGUGUGAUGGUCGGGGGAUGUCACGGCACGGCCACGCUGGGCAGGAGACCCGCUCCGGCGCGCAGCGAGUCCCUCAACUCGCCCACCACCCGGCGCAAGCGGGUGCAGUUCACCACGUUCGGCUCGCUGGACCGGCAGUCGCCGCAGACGUCACUGCGAGAGAACGGAAACGGGGGCAUCCACUGGGUGGGCAAGGAGGAGGUGCCUGGGGACUGCGGGGUGCCCGGGUGCAAUGGAGGAGUAAUAGGAGGAGGCGUCGGAGGAGGAGGAGGAGUGGUUGGAGUAGGGGGGGCAGGACCGUGUGAAGGCGAUGGGGAGAUUGACACACAAGUGCCCCACUCAGACUCCCUGGAGCAGCUAUAG